AGCGUCCUCUCUCGCAAAAAAUUAGAAUUCCAAACGUCAUCAGCAGGACGUGUAUUUGAGAGAGUUUCGUUUUUUAAGAGAAAAACAAGUCGAAAAUCAUGGCAGAAGCAAUGAAACAAACUGUGGCAACGAUGCUUAAGGGAAUUGAACGUUACAACCCUGAUAAUUUGCCGACUUUGGAGCACUAUGUGGAAAUACAAUCACGCGAAAACGCCUAUGAUUUAGAGGCCAAUCUAGCCGUCCUCAAACUUUAUCAAUUUAAUCCUACUAGCUUCAAUAUUGAUAUAACAAGCCAAAUUUUGUUGAAGGCUUUGACGAAUCUUCCAAAUACAAAUUUUAUUUUGUGUAAAUGCUUAUUGAAUGAGCGACAGCUAGCGGAAGAACCCAUCAAUCAAAUUAUCUACUUGGCCGACAUUUUAGAGCAGUGCGAUUUUCAAUUGUUUUGGACCAGAAUCCACUCAAUGCCCGAAUUGACCCAACGAAUUACCGGAUUUUUAGACUCGAUACGGAAAUUUGUGUGUCACGUGGUGGGAAUUACGUAUCAGACCAUUGAAAAGUCCCAUUUGGCCGAAUUAUUGGGAGAUGUUGACGAUCUUACUUUGAAAGUUUGGGUUAAUAAGUAUGGAUGGAAGGAGCAAGGCCACUUGAUUUUCAUUGCAAAUCAAGACGAGAACAUCAAAACUAAAAAUAUUAACGAAAAAAUUGACUUUGAAAAUGUUGGAGCUAUUAUGGCUUCGUGCCGUUGACUCGUUUCUUUUGUAUUAUUAAUUUCUCAAUAAAAACUUACCUCCGA